AUGGCUUCUUCCGAAGACGACGUUCUCAACUCAGAGCCUGAGCUUGAAGAAGAUGAUCUCUUCGGAGAUGAGGCGGAUGAGGAACCAAAAGCUGACCAGCUGCGCGAAUUGGAUGAUGAAGAACUAGAUUCUGGCGACGACGAGAACAGGCAGGACAGACGGCAGAGGAGACAGGAAGAUCUGCUAGAUGAAGGUGUAACUCAUGACCUGCGGAUCUCAGAGCAGACACUGCCCAGGCAUCCAUUGCCAAAGCCUGUGGACGGGGAGUUGAACUCUCUCAGACUCCCCAAGUUUCUCGGUAUCGAACCGCACCUGUACACACGCGAUAGUUACAAAGUAAAGAUGACGGAUCAUCAUUCAAAUGUAGCUUCAGCCAACUUUUCCGCCAGCGCAACUGCUGCCACCACAAUGCGCCAUCGUAAGGACGCAGCAGGAAAUCUGGAAAGCAAUACGAUAGUUUACAAAUGGAGUGACGGCAGUACCACUAUAUGCGUUGGGGAUCAACAUUACGAAUUACAGACGAAACCUCUUGCGCCGCCGCGAGAUAGCAAACCGUAUCUUGAGGUUAGGGACUCUCACUCUUACCUUGCUACCCCAUCUAUGACUGCGCAACUAUUGGGUAUAGUCGGGCAUAUGACGAAUGAAUAUACCGUACGACCGAACAAAGAUGUCGAAGACGAUGCUUUAGACAGACUUCAAAAGAGUUUAGCAGCGGCUGCCCGAAAGGGCGGCAACGACAAGAACGGACCGGAACUCAUUGUCAAUCAGGAAGAUCCUGAGCUGCAAAAGAAGAGAGCCGAGAUGGCUGAGAAGGAACAAAUGAGGCUCCAGCGCCGACGGGAAACCGCAGCCGAGAAAGCAAACCAGAGUGGUUCCAGACGUGGAGCAGGCAUCUUAACAGUGGAUGACCUCGAAGGCGGAAGAAGACGAGGGCCAAAUACAGGCAGGAAACCUCCCGGAGCUAAGCGACCGAGACGAAGGCCCGAGUACGAUUCAGACGAUGACCUACCACGCGGGAAAGGAAGGGAAGAUGAGUACGACAAGGAGGAUGACUUUCUUGCAUCCAGCGACGAGGAGAUUGAAGAAGGUGGAGCAGAUGACGAUGAAGAGGAAGAGAUGCUCGAGGAUGAGAGUGAUCGCGAAGAACCGAAGGCAAAGAAACAGAAAACUUCCAAGUCUGAAGAGGUCAGUGAUGCAGAUGCCGAUGGUGAAGCGGAUCUGGAUGAUGACGAGGCGCCGGCGGCGCAAGCUUCGAAUGAUGGGCCCGCUGGGGGGAGAGGGAGGAAGAGGAAUGUUAUCGAGGAUGAUGAGGAUGAUGAGUAA